CAUGGCGGACGUCCAGAAGGAAACUUCAGAACGGGUGAGAGAAAUCAAAGAGAAAACUGAAGCUAUUCUAGAGAGUGAUACCAAUUCAAACUUAAUUGUGGAUAUCCUGGAACUAUCAGAAACCCAAGACGAGAAGGUUCUGGUGGUAUUCAUAAGAUCAGCUCACAAAAUCUUUACAAACUUCUCAUCGCGUGGAAAGCUGUUUCGAUCGUGUAAACAAAAGCGUUCAUCUGUAGAAGAAGCCAGUCAAGAUCCUCAAGAUAUUUUUAGAUCCUGGCUUCACGAUAAUUAUUUGUUGACCUUGACACGGCUCCUGUAUUUGCUUCGUGUCGGAUCACAGAAGGUAAAGGAGUUUGCCCUUUGUACGCUAAUGAAGUUUCUUGUGGAGGAAGCAAAACACGACAGGAAUUCGAAGGCUACUGAUAUAUUUCCCACAGUUCUAUUUAAGAAAACUUGUGAUGCGUUAUUUGAUGGCCGGUAUAGCAUGAAGAACUGCAUCGAGAGGUUUGCUGAGUACUUAGAAUACGACGAUGUCAGGUUUUUCGUGCUCAAAAAUCUGGCUAAAGUCCUCGGAAACGCUUCUAGUAGCGAGGAAAGUCAGCUUCGCUUUCUCGCUGAAAAUGCAUUUGCAAUGCUGAGCCAGGUGAAAAUGAAGAAGAAAAACGAGGAUCUGAACAGUCUUUUGAUCGAAGUGAAGCAACAAAAAAAGGGAAAUAGUGAGGGGAAUGAAUACAGCUUUCUGGAGUUGAAGAAUCAUCAAAAAGUCUUUAGUUUUGCCUGGCUGGCGCUACUUAGGCUCCCAUUGUCAUCUGAAGUUCAUAAGAAGGUUUUACUCAACUUACACACAGAUGUGUUGCCACACAUGACAGAUCCAAAAUUGUUGAUGGAUUUUCUCACUGACUCAUACAACAUUGGUGGUGUAACAAGCCUUUUGGCCCUCAACAGCCUUUUUGUUCUCAUCCACAAGUAUAAUUUGGACUAUCCAGACUUUUUUAAGAAACUUUAUGCAUUGUUUGAACCAAACAUCUUCUAUUUGAAGUACCAAGCAAGGUUCUUCCACUUGGCAGACUUGUUUCUGUUGUCUACCCAUCUUCCAGCUUACCUGGUAGCAGCCUUUGUCAAAAGGUUGUCACGUCUUGCCUUAUCAGCACCCCCAUCUGGUGCAAUGUUGGCCGUACCUUUUGUCUGCAAUCUCAUUAAACGACAUCCAAGUGUUGCAGUUCUUAUCCAUCGCAAACAAGCAGGAAAACUUUUGCUUGAUCAUGACACAGAAGAGAAUAUUACAGAUCUCAGCCAAGGUGAUCCAUUUAUUGCCAAUGAACCUGACCCUGCUAAAUGCAAUGCUAUGAAUAGUUCCUUGUGGGAACUAAAAUCUCUGCAGAGUCACUUCUACCCUGGUGUGGCAUCCCUUGUGGAAAUGUUAGAAAAGCCUCUCAGUUCUGGUGAAACUGACAUCUCAAAGUACUUUGAUGAUGGUUAUGACCAACUGUUUCAGAAAGAAUGUUGUAAGAUUACAGAUCAAAAUGCACAUUUGGAGUUCCAAGUUCCCAAGGGACUUAUCAGUAAGGGCAUGGCAGAGAGAUGGGUCUUGGAAUAGAAUUUGGAUCAGUGUGGUAGUAUCUGAGCAAUUGGGCACCCACCCCUCCCUUAAAACCAACAUUAACCCUAACUUGCUUUCAGUUGACUGUUAGUUUAGGGGAGGGGUAGGUGUCCAGUUUCCCAGAUACGUACGAUUGUCCUAGCUUUUCAACCUGUAAGAACUUCAAUUAUGAAGCGUCAAACAUGAGCCAUAAUCAUUCAAAAGGUGUUUGUGGUCACUCGGAGUGUACUUUUACAUCCCUUGCAAUUAUCAAUUUUUUCAAUUACAAAAGCGGAAAGAAGAAAUUAUGUGAAAAAUUGAGAAUUUGAUAUUUAAAUUCCGUCCUCUUUCAAGGGCUUGUUCUUUCUGCUUGAAUUUUCUUUGAUUUGUUUUCUUUUUGUUGUGGGGGAGGGUUUGAAUACUUUGUUAAACUUUGAAAUCGUUAACUACAUUGUUAUGGUUAGUAACUUAUGUAUUGUGUAAAAGCCGAAAGGAGCGGAAAAAUAAAAAGGUCCUAGCGUU